AUGUCUCCAGUUCACAAUCUAUAUCCUAUCUCAAAUCAUAAACCACAGGACUCUGCUUCCUUACAUGGCUUCUGGGCCUACUUUGGUAUCUGCUCUGUUAUCGGAAUCGCUUCGGCAGGUCUUCUCUAUUCUCUCUACAGUUGUUACCACUCGGCAGGUGUUAGAGAACGUGCUAGCAUCAGGAAUUCUUCUUUUGAGCACUCAGAGGCGAAGGAACGAGAUCAACGUAGUAUCCGUCUCAAAGGGAAACGCGAAGCCCGUAGUUCUGGCGUGUGGUCGGAAUUCUAUCAGAAUCGUUCUGAAUCCAGUGUCGAAGCCAUGAGCCCGAUCCUUCGCCAAUCGACCUCGCAAUCACCUUCACCUCGUCCAUCGACACCUGACCUCGUACCGACUAGCUAUGUCGACUUAUCGUAUCCUGGCUUCAAUUCUCACUCGCCUACUCUUUCAACUCCUCCUGCUACCUAUGAUCCUACUCGCGACCCUAGCCCAUGCAAUCCAAGUAGCACAACUGAUACUAUUCAAGCUCGCAGUGACUCACCCUCACGCGCACACCCGUCCACGCUUCGCCCCGGCAGAACAACUACAUUUGACCGCAACAGCAUUCCCUUUAUCGCCCCUGAACAACUCGCACACCAUCUCAUUGACCCAAAGCUUGCCCCGAUUGGAGGAUCCUUCAGCAUGUUUGCAAACAAUCCCGACGCCCAUUCUAUACCAGUGAUGCAGGAUAUUGGGAUUCAACCAGUUGAAAUGAUAUCGAACCACACGCGCCGUGCGACGACUGCAAGACCUCUUUCGAAGCCGAAACGUCGACUAACGGAUGGAAAUGCAUAUUCCAAGACACAGACAAAACAAAGCUCUCCGGCUCAACGCUGCCCUUUGGGACCUAUAAACAUCAAUUGUGCCCCCACGACAGUGACACUUGACUCCAAGAACUCUGCAUUUCAUAACACCAUAAACCCGUUUGUUAAUCAUCAGUUGGGGUUGGAAGGUUGGGAAUAUCAUGACGCCGUUCAGUAA